CUUGGGUUCGUCGCUUGCCUGUCAUCCUUCCUCACCUCCCCCUCUCGUUGGCACCGCUGCUGACUGACUUCCAUCUUAGCCAACGACUCUCCUGGCUCCUCUACAGCUCUCCCCCUCUACCUCCGUCGCCCACGCACUCCUCCUACCCUGUCUCCUUGAAUCGCCAAUGUCGACGUGAAAUGGAUUCAGCCCAGUCGGCGGAGGUACCAUCAGGCAGUGCCCCGGGGACCUCCGACGACCCGCCAAACGGCCCUGCCAAGCGUCGAUGGAGGCGCAACCGCAUUGCCUGCGACUCUUGCCAUGCCCGUCGCGUGCGAUGCGAUCGCGCUUUUCCCUGCUCCCGCUGCCUGCGCAGUGAUAUUCAUUGCGAGUUCACUCGGGAACGUCGCAAGCGGGGCCGCAUCGCUCGCACCCGUCAAGCCGAUCCUACAGAUGCCACCCACAAGCCGGCCGUCAAGCCGCCAACCCGUCCCCAAGCCGCUCCUGAGCUUGCUGCUGCCACCCCCCUACCCAAUGCCUCUCCUUCCUCCAGCUUCCAGCAUCGAUCGCCGGUGACCAAUGACCUCACCGCCUCCGCCGCCAGUGUCGAUGAACGCCGGUCGCAGGCGGACACCUCCGUGCCACCCCGGCGAUCCGCGCCCGGUCCCGGAGUCAACGCCACGGAGGAAUGGUUGUCCGCCGCACACGUAUCGCCUAGCUCGUACGAUAUUCUAGGCGGCGCGGGGGUGCAUGAGGGCCCGUUUCCUCGGAUGUUCGAUCUGUGGAAUGGGGUUGACCUGACGGAUUACAAUGGGAACACUCCUCAAGGUGGGAAAGCCGCAGGCCUGCCUCCAACGCCCGGCGUGUCAUCGACCGCAUUGAAGUAUCCCGUGUUGGACCCCUUGAUGCCCUUUCUAGAUGCGAACCUGCCCCGACGGUUGGUGUUCGAUCUGUUGGAAUUGUAUUUCACCAGCGCUUUCUCUACCCACAUGCAUCCUGUAUGCCACCACAUCCAUUGCUAUGUCCUGCGUAAGGCGUCCUUCUUGUGUCGGGACUUCCCCCGUCCCAGCAGCCCGGCCCUGUUGGCGAGCAUGCUGUGGGUGGCGGCGCUGGAUGAUCGGGCCUUUGCGCUGCCCAUCUCCCCGCCCCAGCGGAAAAAGAUCUGCCAAUUCCUUUGCGCGCUCACCAUUCGGUUGCUGCGGCCGUUGAUACACGUUUCAUUCAAGGAGCAAGGGGGGUCUCCGGCUAACGACCCGACGUAUGCCACUGUUGGCCAGGAAUGUCCUCCUACUACGGUCCAUCAUCCCUUCGAAGGAGGGGGGGACGACCGCGGAUUGGUCGGGCCUGCAGGCUCCCUGGACGAUGUGAUCACCUACAUCCAUGUGGCCUCGAUCAUUUCGUCCAGCGAGCAAAAGGCUGCCAGUAUGCGAUGGUGGCAUGCGGCGUUUACCCUGGCGAGAGAGCUGAAAUUGAAUCAGGAGAUCGAGGUGAUGCCGCAUGUUGACGGCCAGACGGAAGGCUCGAGCCCAUCGUUUGACUAUUCGCUGCCCGGCUGGAACGGAGUGGACACGGGCCCCUUGUUCGAUUACUCCAACCCGGCGCGACCGAGUCUCAAUUGCGUCUGCGACCGUGGCCGCGAUGCGCAAGGCACCAUCUCCGAAGAACAUCGUGAAGAACGGCGCCGUACGUGGUGGCUGCUGUACAUUAUGGACCGGCAUCUCGCCUUGUGUUACAAUCGUCCCCUGGCCCUGUUGGAUGCCGAAAGUGAAGAUCUUCUCUUGCCGCUGGAUGAAAGCUCGUGGCAAGCCGGCAACAUACACAGCAACAGUCCCAAACCUGACGGACCCCAAUGCGUGCUCUCGGGAGAUAAGAACAAACGACGUGUGUUCCCCAACUUCGUCUGUCACGACCACUCGAUCUUUGGCUUUUUCCUACCCCUGAUGACCAUCACCGGCGAAUUGAUCGACUUGAACCAGACGCGCAAUCAUCCCAUGCUCGGCGUGCGCCUGCUGGGAAAGGAUGUCUGGGAGGUGCAGGUCAGUGAGGUUCUGCGCCAACUGGAAAUCUACAAAGCCAGCCUCACGACCUUCGGAGCCGCUACCUCGGAGCCCGAGGCGUCGUUGUCUUCGACCUUCCCUUCAUCUAAACCGGACCAACCGCCUGUCUCCGAACCUAGCCUGUCGCAGGCGUACUCCUGGCACACGCAGACGGUCGUUUCUUAUGCCUCUUAUCUCGUACACGUCCUCCAUAUUCUUCUUGUGGGCAAAUGGGACCCCGUUUCUCUCAUCGAAGACAAGGAUUUCUGGACCUCUUCCCCGGCCUUUGCCUCCACCAUCUCUCACGCCCUCGAUGCUGCGGACUCCGUCGAUCAGAUUCUUCGCUUUGAUCCGGACAUCAGUUUCAUGCCGUACUUUUUUGGCAUUCAGCUGCUGCAGGGCAGUUUCCUUCUCCUACUGAUAGUUGAACGGUUGCAGAAGGAAGCCGGCGAAGGUAUUCUGAACGCCUGCGAGGUAAUGAUCCGUGCCACAGAAUCCUGCGUCGUGACCCUCAACACCGAAUACCAGCGCAACUUCCGCCAGGUCAUGCGCAGUGCUGUCGCCCAGGCGCGUGGACGCCCAGUGAAUCACAGUGAGAUUCGCCACCGACGCAAGGCCGUCCUGGCUCUCUAUCGAUGGACCCGCAAAGGCACAGGGCUGGCCUUGUAAGCGUGUCUACUACGCCUAUGCUGAUCUUCGGCUUCCUAUUUUCCUAUUUUUUGUUUCUUCGAACCGCGUUUUUCUUUUUUCUUUCUUUUGUUUCUACGGACAUACUUCAGGGGCUCCCGAAGACUACUUUCGCUGCUAACCUGGUAAAUAAUUGAUGUGCCUACGGCGGGUUAUGAAAUGCGUGAUAUGUAUAUAACAUCUGUACAAUGUGACUUUGUGUGGUUAGACCUAGGCGUCGCACCGGACCCCCGAGUCGGAGUUUGACAUGAUGAGCCCAAGCUACCCCCUCUUUCGCUGCUCUGCUCAUCCUCGUCCUCGUCACAGAGCUUGGCUUUGCUGCCAUAUUUACAACCUCCAAUCGACUAUAUCCAGGUCU